AUGACACACGCCGGUUCUCACGGUGCCCAUGGCUCUGAAGCAGCUUCCUGGCCAUCGUGGCUAUCUCUCUGCUGCGCACCGCUGGUCUCCUCAGAGGACAGGAGGCCGCGUCGUAUCGAUGAGAAGCGUUCAUAUCCAGUAAUAUACGACCAACCAAUUCACCAUCCCCAGCCUGUUGCAAUGCUGGAGCAUCGUAAAAUGUCGGAGAGGUCUACGAGAGACAGUGUCUCGUCGAAGAGAAGGAGAUUCUGGUCACUCUCUUCAAGUUCGCGCCGGCCGCUCAUUUCAGCCCCUUCAGACUUUCGCCAUGUAUCAACUGCCGCCGACCCAUUUCUUGAUUAUCCUGAACCUACGCCGUCGAGAGCCUCGAAUCUUCGGCCUGCGAAACAGUUACCUCAUCGUCCUUACCGCCCGCUCGAGUUGAGCAUCUAUCAGCCCGACAAUGGUGUAUCUCCUAUCAUGGCUCACUUUGAACCAAGGCCUGCGAAUCCGGCGCCCUCAUCAGACUAUUCUGAGUGUGUGUCAGAUUUGUCAGAUAGCCAACCCGAAGAAGUAAAACCUUCUUUGGAGUACCAGAAGAGCUUCUCAGAUUCUCCCAUGUCAUUUCACUUUCCACGCCGCCAAGCGCUGGGGAGUGCUCCCAGUUCCUCUCAUGGAGAAGAUGAGAUCCCGCCCUUAAUUCCCCCCAAGUCACGGGGUCGUCCUCGUGCGUAUAGCUCACCAGAUGUGGAAAAGGUCAAGGAACGAGUCGCGAGUGCUAUGCUAGAGGUUGAAAAGCUCCAGAAGCAGAUUGACGAUGUCAUCGAGAGACAGAGUCUUUAUGUUCCCAGUCGACCACCAACUCCCUACUCGGUCGCCCGAACCAUGCCCGACCUGGAGCCCAUGCCGUCAAUUCCGGCUCUGCCCCCAGCUGCUCCCUCUUUUGCCCAGCGACUCAACUCCGAUAUCAUUGAAAGGCCACACACAGCACCCAUCAGGCCUCCUCGUACGCUUGUGAGAACUCCCAUCACACCACCUCGCAGAUCCCGAACUCCUGGUGAGCAAAGGUCACCUUCUACCCCUCCUUCUCGCCCAAGGCGAGAUGAUAUGCCCCCACCGCCACCUCUACCUUUAGUACUUCGACCUCCUCUGAGGAAGAAGAAGUCUUUUUCCCGGGUGUCGAGCUGGCUCUUCCCCGGGUCACAGCACAACCGUAAUAUGAGUUUCGACUCUGUCACCAACGCUCCUCGUCCUAUCAGGGGCAACCGAGGAUUUUACCAAGUUUCGCUGGGCGGAGCGUCAGAACAUCGGCAGAGCACAGAGUCAAUCGAUACGGUCAGCACUUGGGAAUCGGAUGCAGAAAAUCGUACAGUCCCGACAACAUGCUCUGUGGGUAGCACAGCCGCUGUGUCACAGGAUGAGCCCCUCAUCUCACGGUUCGCCACUUCAACGUUUGGCAGAAAUGAUAUCCGACCUCAAAGGAGGAGUGUCGGUGUUGCAAUGUGA